AUGGAUGGUCAGAAGUUCUGCCUCAAGUGGGAUGGGUUCCAGAGCAGUGUCACCUCUCUGUUUGACCACCUCCGACAAGAUGAGGAGCUGGUGGACAUCACCCUGUGCUGUGAGGGCCAGAAAAACAACCCGUGUCAGCAGAUGGUGUUCUUCCUGAAGGACACGUCGGCCGCCGACCUGCUGGCCAUCAUCGAGUUCAUGUACAAGGGCAGUGUGAACGUGGCCCAGAGCCAGCUGGCCAGCUUCAUCAAGACGGCGGAGAUGCUGCAGAUCCGCGGUCUCAGUGGGGAUGACGACAAGGUGGGAUAUGGCGAACGACAAACCAUAUCAGGCACCAGAGAUGCUACGUAA